CCAGCACUUCCGCGAUCUGCGACUGCUGUCAGGAGGAAGACCUGCGUUUAAUCUGCGUUCAGGAACAAACUGAUCCCACUGACCCUUCUGCUUUCACUCCGACUUCUGUUUCGCGCGUGUGUGUGUGUGUGUGUGCGCGCGCGCGCCGCGUGUGUGCGCGCAUCUUCAGAACCAGCUCCUUAUUUACAGCUCUGUAUUUCAUGCUUGAGCCAGCCCAGACCAGGAGGCUGAGGGACCAUGUGGGAGUCAUAUGAACGCCGGAGACAAGGCACAAACAAAUAGAGAGGGCGGAAAACACACCACGUCGGGAGACGCUUCAUUUGUCCCUGAAAUGAACACGACCACUGAGUCUCCGCAGCCGGCCGGAGGAGACGUGGCCCUGACCUACGUGCUGCUCCCGUUUUUCAUCAUCACCUUCGCCGGGAUUAUCGUAGCGGCGGUGAUGUACGUGAAGAGGAGGCAAAGGAUCGACCGGUUACGGCACCAGCUGCUCCCGGUGUACACGUACGACCCGACUGAGGAGCUGAACGAAGCCGAACAGGAGUUGUGGAAAGAAGACGACGCUAAGGGCUGGACGACGACGUACCAGCAGCGCUGGCCUCUGCUCCGGAAGGACCCGAACGCAUGACAGAAGAACCGAUUCACACUCCGAGGCGUUAUAGUUGACUAACAGACUGAAGUUACGAUAUCUCUGCACUCCACGUGGGAUCGGAAGGCCGAUGUAUACACGAUCACUCCAGUCUCGACCUCGGGAAAAAGAAAAAACGCCAGGGAACGGGAGAAGAAAACGGAGGACGCUGCCCUUUUCCACGACAGACAUGUUGUGAUCCAUUUGUUCUACAACACACACACACACGAUAAUGUUAAUGUAGGAAAACCAUGAUAAGCGCUGGAAGUCUUAACAGAAGUCUGUUUAUUUUUAGUGCAGGCUGAUCGCAGAAUUCCUUAAACAGCGGCGUAGAAACAGAUAACGAAAAUGAGAAAUGACGUGAAGUCCAGUAAAUCACCGACCACGACGUUCGUGCAAGUUCUGAUCAUGUAAAGCAUUUAAAAAAGUAGUGUAUUUGAUGCAUCGCUUUAGUUCUCCUUUCAUAUUUAUUUCCCCGUAAACGCUUUUAUCCAAAGACACACGAUCCUAAGAGUCCAUUUGGAGCGGCGGGAAUUUUAAGCAGCGUACACGUGCGCUCUAUAUAAUAAUCAGAACCGUUUGUCAUUAGUAGUUAGAAUCCUUGGAUGCGGAUGCUGAGACGAUUGACCUACUAGUAUUAAUCAUGGAACCGUUCACGUCGCUCCGUUUAUGUCGGUUGCUGCUGCGCGGUGCUACAGAGGACGUCCUCGUGCCGAGUUUGAUUUGUACAGAGCAAACCGUAGACGCCGGUGAGCGAGAGAGAAGACGCGCGGUGAUCAGUGCUCGCAGACAGGAAGUGCUGGAACGUUCCGCCGGCUCAAUCACCGCACGCUCGGUCAUAUCCUCGCGCGCUUUUUCCAGGUCGGCCGUCCUCGCGCUCUCUGUGAAAUAUACUGUUUGAAUGCCAGAUGUUUUAUCAGGUCGCUUGUAUUGUAUUGUAUUGUAUUGUAUAUUCAAAUCGGGUCAUUUUGCAUCACCUGUACAUUAGGGCAAAUAAUAAUAAUAAUAAUGGACAAGAGGUUCAUGUAACUGAA